AUGCAUGUCAUCAUGUGCUUUCGGACGCGACUUCUGAUCAGAGACCAAUGUCUUCCUCCGCGGUGCUUGCGCCACAGGGGUGUCGGCGGGGCCACCCGCGGCUGCGGCAGGAGGCGGUUGUGCCCUCAGCCUCUCCUCGCCAGCAGCAAGCCCGACGUGAAGGACACGACCAGCAUCAUCUCCGAGAUGAACGAGUGGACCAAGGUCGUUACCUUCGACACCCACAGCAGCAGGAACACUAAGUACAUUGUGAGCGAGGGGACGAGCCUCCCCGAGGUUUUCUUCGACUUCUGGAAGGCGGUGUCGGGAGCCAUCGACCAGCACCGCGCCACGCCCGAGAACCGUUCUUUCCGCAAGGUCCUGAUGUUCGUGGCCCCCUUCUGCGAGGAGCUGAGGGACUAUGAGACGAUGGAGCACGCGCACCAGCUGCUUCAGCAGAGCGCGUGCGACGGAGGCUGCCAGGACUUCGGCACGUACAUCACGCACUCACACUACCACCCGAACUACCGACAUCGCCCCAAGCCGAAACAGUCUCGCAUGGCCUCCAGACACUCUCCCCACCCGGCCUUCAGCAUCGACGUCGUCUACAGGAAGGGAGGCUUGAAGAGCCUUGCGUCGAUCCGGGAUUCGUCCGAGGAGGCCGAGGCUCGGCAGGGGACGCGGGUCAAGUCAACCCCUGCUCGGACCGCCCCCCUGAGGGCAGACCCCUCCCCAGAGGACCGUAAGAAGAGCGAGAUCGCGCGGAAGAUACGGCAGGAGGAGUGGGCCGCCAAGACGAGGUCCUCGCUGGAGCACGCGUACGGCAUGGCGGCGUCGUACGGCAGGGAAGAGGCGGAACACGGGGUCGGGAGUUCGAUGUGGGCUCACCAGCAUGUUCUUGCGGGGAGGGGGGUCCCGGAGAGUAGCGUGGAAAUAUUGCAAGCCACACAGGAGUGGCUGACGGAGGUGCUUAAGGACGCGGCCGCUAGCGAUGCGGCAGCGGCCACGCUUAAGGCGGAGGAAGCGGCGACGGCGGAGGCAGGGGACGGCAAGAAGAAGCAGUCCCCGCCCACGGCCGCCGCCACCACCACCUCGCCACCGCCCUCGUCCGCGCUCGCAGCCGUCAUGUCUGCUGGGAAGGGCCGUCCCCUCUACUCGCGAACUGGAACGGGCGGCGGCCUCGAUACGGAAAGGUCGACGUCAUUCAGCCCCCCGACGGCAGCCGAAGCAAUAGCUGCUGCCGCCGCGGCCGCUCUCGAGGAGGAGGAAGCGGCAGCAGCGGCUGGCGGUGCCCGCGGCGCAGCCGCCAGGAUGACAACAACGACAACAACAACAAGCGGGAGGACGUCCUCCUCGGUUGCUUCGCGUACCGCCUCCGCUACGGCUGUCCCCGACGCCCACCUCUCCUCGGAAAGCGGUAGCGACGAGAACGAAAACCGCGAGCAACAGCAGCAGCAGCAGUCCACGCAACCUCGGCACCACACGCCAAGCGUCAGGUUCAGGGCCGCCACCACCACCGUGGCCGGCGGGAUCAAGCAGGCCUUCGCGCACGCGGCGGAACUCGUUACGGUUCACCACCACCGAGAAGAGUCUCGCCCGGCCGCCGCCGCCGCCGCAAGCGGCGACGGGGGCGAUAGCGAUGCCGGUGCUAGCGGUAGCCAAGACAUCUCCGUGGAGGCGCAGCUGUUGGAAACACGGGAAGAGGACAACGUUAACGGGGGUGUGGCCGUCGAGGAGCUGGCGGCUGAGACGGAGGGGCAGGGCGGCGACGAAGAGGCCUCCGGGAAAGCGGCUGAGCCGCCGCUGCUGCCGGGCAAGGAGCUGGUCAAGAGGAUGAAAAAUAUCUCCCAGUACGUCGUGGCUAGGUCGAAGACGGCAGAGGAAGCGUACAGCGACACGUGGGAGGUGGUCAUGGAGAUGGCGGAUAGGGCUGCCUCCAGGGGAUGCGACGUGCCAACAGAAGAUUACACUUCGAGUUCCGCCCCGUGUUACGGGGCAUUGCUGGUGACGCCUGACCUCGCCACCUACAGCUCGGACACGUUCCUCCGUUUCCAGGAAACCUUGAACAGAGGCCUGAAGCACCUGCCGAUGGAGCACGACAUCUCCGUAGAGGCCUUCCACCCCGAGGCCGUGAGCGACGCCAGCCCCCUCGACCACCGCUUCACCCGCUCCCCGUUCCCGACCCUUCACGUCUGCUACCACGGCCUCCGGGAGGAGGGCACGGCGCUGAACCCCCGGGUAGCGGCGGCGUCGGAGAGGAGGAGGAAGAAGAAGAAGAAGCCGGCGGCGAGCAAGGGGUUGGGGUCGCUCUCAUCGUCGUCGUCGUCGUCGCCGGGCGCUACGCCGAGCAACAGCAGCAGCGGCAGCAGCCGGGGGGGUGGAAGGAGGAGGACCGACCAGUCGGGCGACGGCGCCAGUACCGGCGGCGAAGCGGAGAGGCAAUGAAGGAGACGUCGGUGCGGCAACGGUGGCGGUGGAGCGGCGGAGGCGACGGCGUCGGCGGUUGCGGUUGGUUGUGAUUGUGAUGGUGGUGGCACAACGGCUGUAGCCGAGUGGGACUUUUUGUGCAGAUGCUGAUUGCUGCUGUGUAUUCGACCUUUGCAGGGAGUACGGGGGGGCGGGGCCAGGAUGAGGGAUGCAUAUACCGUAUAUAUAUAUGUAUUUCUGCGUCACCCCCUAUUUGUAUCGUGUCGCAUCUAUUGCCGGGCAUCGGUGGGCGCGAGAAGAAGCUUGUGACAGUAAGAUAUUGGAUGCGUGGGGGGUGGGGGGGUGCGUGGAGGACUCGAAAACGCGGGUCUUAACGUGAGUACAAAUAGUUUUUGGACGUCACAAGUGGUAGCACAUAAUAACAAAUCUCGUUUAGUAAUAGCGAGGACCGAUGGAUGUACAUACAUGCACGAUUGGACAUGUAUUCGUUGGGUAGUUGAGGUUCUGUUUGUGUUUUGGUGUCUUUUGGGAGGAUUAACGCCUUGUGCAGUCGAUGUGAAAGAAAAAGCCGUUCCUUGCCGACCUGUCUUGUUAGAGGAGAAAAAAACCCGUUGGGCACGAGUGAAGCCAGCAGCGGGCGCGGAACCAGGGGAUGAGAGUUGACCGCCCCCGGACAUGGGGCGUUGUGUUACCAAGACGACCCGGGUGAAGGUGUGUUUAGGUUUGCAGUGUUUUGUGCUGAGUUGCUCGCCGCGGGGAGGUUGAUGGGGUAUGGGUGUCAAGGCAACAGCGACGGCAGCCCGGUGCUUUGGCGUGGCGAACGCUAUGCAUCGAACCGACUGCUCUUGUUGUGGUGGUCUGCAGAAGAGGGUGGUUGUUGUGUGCAGUCUGAUCGAUACGACUCACACCCGGUGAGUUAACGCGCCCGAAGAACAUCGUGGGUGGGCAUCCCCGCAGGGUUGGGUGUGAUACUGCAACUCCGGUGGGAUGCGGGUGGACUGACUGCUGUAGCUAGUGUGUUGGCUGAUCGGGUAUACACACAGACUUGACGGCGACAUUGGUGGUUUGAUUGAUCGAUCGACUGUGGUCUGAUAUUGUGGUUGAAAAGGUUGGCCGGUUCUUAAGCAUGCAUGUGGAGGGGUUGCUGGCGGCGGGGUCAUCAACUCAGCUCUGUUCGUGGGGAUGGCCAUCUGAAAACGCCCUCCAUGAGGUCUCAAACCCUUGGGGGCAUGAGUAGAGGACGUAUGUGAUGUAGAGGGAGGAUGGCGAGGGAUGGUCAGUACCCGCGCGCCCGACUGCAGUGCUUCGGGGUGGAAAUACCUUUUGCUGGCUUGUGUGCUUGGUGCAGUGGAGGGAUACAGCAUGUCUUCUUCGCGAAUCUUGUGUGGGUUUUCCACAACCCCCCCCGCGUCCAUUCAUCUGCCCCAAGGCGUACGCUACUACUGCUGUAGUACAUUUUAUGGCACUCUGACUUGUCCGCAAUGGCGCCGAGGACGUAGCAGACUUAGCUGGAGCCGGGUCCCCUCUUUUGGUGUCCGCUUCGGGAUAUGUUCUCGCUAUAUGUAGACAAUGUAUAAACAGUAUAGACCUACAUACUAAUCCGUCAUGACGAGGAGAGGGUCGUGGUCGUCUGUGUAGUAGUUGGUAGACGGGUGUUCUUCUGCAUGGAUGGUGGUCGCCCAUGCUGCUGCUGUGUGUGGAGCGGUUAGUUCUUGUAGCGGUUCAUCAUCAGGUGAGCGGGCUUCGCAAGAAAGCAGAUCGCUCAAUUUUGGCUUUUCGAAUUUGACGGUAUUAUUUUUUUUGAAGUGUAUGCAUUUAUGUUAUGGUGUGACUGUCUGUUCUUUGUUUCUCGCCGGACCAAUCAACAGCUUUUAUUCCUC